UCGCAUCGCAGUCCAGCAGGAAUGGCCGCCGCCGCCGCCGACGCCGCGAAGCUCUCGGUCUCCAUUCAGGCCUUCGCGGCACUCCUCGACUGCUGUGCGGCCGCCGGCGGGGACUGCGACGGGAUACUCCUCAGCCGUGCUGCCCUCCCCCCUUCCUUCUCCGACGACGAUCCGGCCCCAACCCUACACAUCUACGUCACCGGCCACUCCUCGCUCGCCCGACCCUCCGCCCUCUCCAACGCACUUAGCUGCUUCAACCCCUACUUCCCCGCCCGCUCGGGCACGGCCACCGUCGGCUUCUUCUCCUCCCGCCACAGCGCGUGCACGACGCGCCGCCCCUCCAUGCGCGAGGCCGCCGUCGCCCGCUCCCUAUCCAAAUCUCUGGCCCUCGCCCACCCCGUCGUGUUUCUCCUCUUAGCCCACUCUGUCGCCUCCGACCUCUCCAUCCACUCGUUCGCCCACCGCGCCUUCCUCCUCGUUGAUUCCCGCCUCGUCCCCACCUCCCUCACGAUCGUCAACGUGGGUCCUCGUUACCGGGGCCAGUACCAGUGCCACACCUUCGCCCCGGAGUCGCCAAUGCCGCGGCUGCCGCCUCCGCCGGCAAACAUCGGAGAGCAAGCAACCGAGGAGGAGAUGUAUUCCGGGAUGCUAAGGAGGUUGGAUAGGCUUGCUCAGGAGGUGGAGGAGUGCAAUAAGCGUCUGUUCCGUCAGGAUGCAUUGUUGUAUGCUAUUCUUAUCAUUUUGUUGUUGCUAUCUCUACCAGUUCAUUCCUUCACCAUCAGUUUUGCAAGGAUUAUCUUUAGAUAUGUUAUUGAGAUCACUGGCCCCCUAGUCACUGGCGCCGUGCAGCAGGUCAUGGAGACGAUGCACGCACCCAUCUACUUUGAGACCUAG